UGUGUUCUUAGAAACACGGUGCAAGUGUGCAACAAACUCGAUCGAUCGAUCGUGUCAAGUUCCUUUAACUCUAUCGUGUCGUGAUGGCUGACGAGUACGGCCGCAGCGGCUACGGCAGGUCCGGCGCCGGCGACGACUACGAGUACGACAGGUCAGGGAACGAAGAGUACGGCCGCAACAAGUCCGGCACCGACGACUACGACCGCGACCGCAGAGGCGGGUACGACAAGCCCGUCGGCGACGACGAGUACGGCAGCGGCGGCGGCGGGUACAGGAAGCCCAGCGCCGAAGCCGACGACGAGUACGACGGGUCGUCGCGGGACGACUCGGAGAAGUACAGGAAGGAGGAGAAGGACCACAAGAAGAAGGAGCGCUUCGGCGAGGUGGGCGCCCUCGCCGCCGGCGCCUUCGCCAUGUACGAGAGGCAGCAGGUGAAGAAGGACCCGGAGAACGCGCAGCGGCACAAGAUCGAGGAGGGCGUGGCGGCGGCGGUGGCCCUGGGCAGCGGAGGGUUCGCGUUCCACGAGCGCCACGACAGGAAGGAGUCGAAGCAGGCGGCGAAGGACGCCGAGGAGGAGCAGGAGGAGGAGGAGUCCGGCCGCGGCGAGGGGAAGAAGAAGCACCACUUCUUCGGCUAGCUGAUCGCGCCAUGCAUGCAUGCCCGCGCGGCGGCGCCGGCGUCCGUACGUGUGGUGUCGCCAUGGCGCGCGCGCGUGGCGUCUGUGACUGUGUGUGCGACUGUGUGUGCGUGUAGCUGAAUAAGAGCCUGAGCUUUUGUACGUACGGGCUCAGUAUGUGCUCGUGUAUAUGAGAGUACUACGUACGUAUGCGUGUAUUUGCUGCGCCUGCAGGGUUUGUACUGUAUAAGAGGGUCUGUGCUCUCUGUACGUACAUGUUCUUCUGCCACAUGCUUGUAUACACCUUUGACUUGGGUUAAUAAUAAUAACUAUCUCUGAAUAAAAUUUUAUUGUAGCAUAUAGACAAUAUACUAUACCUCA